ACAGACCAGAUACGGUAUUGCUGCCGCUGUUAGCAGACACCAUGCCCAUGUGAUGUGUCUGGAGAGUAGCUUGCACGGUCUAUGGACUGGAGCGGUUUGUCUUUUUGUUGCUGCAGCAGAGUCAGUCUCCAGGCAGAGUGUGACAGAGUUUACAGCUAAAUACCUUUUCUUUCUACUAACAAAACGGAUUUUAAGCGUCUGUACUGAUGUAGCGUUAGCAGCUCCUGAACUCACCCGGACUCCAGUCAGUAACGUUAAUCCCAUAGAUUCAACUGGAUGCUGACAGUCACUUGGGUGGGGCUGACGCGGAUGACAGUGCACGGGAGCAGAGCCCGGAGAUAAACCAAACCGCACAGGAUCAGUUUAAAGUACCGAGCGGUUGGUCGGUAAAGAUAUGACCAAGCCCGAGUCGAAGAAAAGCAGUGUGGCCGCGAUCAACGCUACCGGCAAGUGCGCCACAGCCGCAUCCGCUGCCGAGCAGCUCAAGAACGGCUCGGUCGAGCCGGGCUGUCCGGAUCAGAGCUCACAGAUCCAAGCCAGUGUGAUGAAGCAGACCUCCAGGGAGAGCCUGCACCGGAGAAACACGGAGUGCGAGGUCUAUGACGACGGGACCAACACCUUUUUCUGGCGAGCCCAUGCUGUGACAGUGCUGUUCAUUCUGACCUGUGCUCUGGUCUAUGUUACGCUGUUGGAAGAGACCCCCCAGGACACGGCCUACAACACUAAGAGGGGGAUUGUGGCAAGCAUCCUGGUGUUCCUCUGUUUUGGAGUGACACAAGCCAAAGAUGGACCCUUCACCAGACCACAUCCAGCUUACUGGCGGUUCUGGCUUUGUGUCACUGUCGUCUACGAGCUGUUCCUCAUCUUCAUCCUGUUCCAGACGGUGCAUGAUGGACGACAGUUCAUGAAGUACAUUGACCCCAAGCUUGGGGUAGCCCUCCCUGAGCGCGACUAUGGAGGAAACUGCCUCAUGUACGACCCAGGCAACGCAACCGACCCCUUCCACAACAUCUGGGACAAGAUGGAUGGCUUUGUUCCAGCUCACUUCCUGGGAUGGUAUAUCAAGACUCUGAUGAUUCGGGAUUGGUGGAUGUGUAUGAUAAUCAGUGUCAUGUUUGAGUUCCUGGAAUACAGCCUGGAGCACCAGUUACCUAACUUCUCAGAGUGCUGGUGGGACCAUUGGAUCAUGGAUGUGCUGGUGUGUAACGGUCUGGGGAUCUACUGUGGCAUGAAGACCCUGGCCUGGUUGUCAAUGAAGCCCUACCAGUGGCAGGGCCUGUGGAACAUUCCUACAUACAAGGGUAAGAUAAAGCGUAUAGCAUUCCAGUUCACACCGUACAGUUGGGUGAAGUUUGAAUGGAAGCCUGCAUCAACAGUUCAGCGCUGGCUUGCUGUGUUAGGCAUCAUCUUUAUGUUCCUCCUGGCAGAACUGAACACCUUCUACCUGAAGUUUGUGUUGUGGAUGCCUCCUGAACACUACCUGGUGCUGCUCCGCUUGGUCUUCUUUGUCAACGUGGGAGGCGUAGCCAUGAGGGAAAUCUAUGACUUCAUGGACGACCCGAAGUUCCACAAGAAGCUUGGCCAGCAGGCGUGGCUAGUGGCAGCAAUCACAGUUACUGAGUUCCUCAUAGUGGUCAAGUAUGACCCCAACACCAUCAUGCUGCCCAUCCCCUUCUUCAUCAUGCAGUGCUGGUUUUUAGGAAUCCUCCUCAUCUUUACCUGGACCCUGUGGCGGUUCUUCAUCCGCGACAUCACACUCCGUUACAAAGAGACCCGUCAACGCAAACACGAAGUCCCCACGGACCGGGACCGUCCUCUGGGCAACGGCAGCACAGCCACCCCGUCUGGGCGGAGUAAACUGAACGGCAGCUCCGAGACGCUGCGGCAGAGGAAGUCCUGAGGGGGGAACGCGAGUCGUGACCGGUCGGUCAGCAGCAGCUGAAGAGGAAAGUUCAAGGUUUGGUGGGAAAAAUGAGACAAAUGAAGGAGAAUCGUGACACAAAGACACAUGUAGAGGCAAACAGAUGGACACAUGUAUGUGCGGUGUAGACUUUUUUUGUGCCUACAUGAACUAAGUAGUCAUUCAACAGAGGCGAGGGAAGGGAUUGCAUCGUCUAGUUAUUGUCUUACUACAGGGAUUUACCUCAUUCUAUUUUCUUAAGAACAUUUGGGGAAUUAUACACCGGGCAAGAUACAUUUUUCUGUUAUUUAUACAUUACUUUGGAUGUUGGGUGAAAAAGCUGAGAGGUAGAGUGGUGGAAGGAGGGAUAUGGGCGACCAGUGAAGUAGAUAGACUCUUGACCAAUAAUCGACAGCAGUUUCCAUUUUCUCAGCUGCACUCUGUCUUAGAAAACAAGAGAUGAGCAUCAGGAACAUGUCCGCCACUGUAAAUAGGCUUUGCUCUGUGUUGUGCAGUCGCAUCGGUGCAGAUGAGAAAAAGGAGAGUGUUUGGAUCAGUGACAGUUCUCUGUAGGUGUAGGUAACUGAUGUUCACUAUCAUCCUGGGAUUUUAGCCACAACAUUGCCAAGUAGAAGUUAAAAUGGAGCUUGGUUAAUAAUGACACAUUUCUGUUAUGUUCAGUUAAAAUUACACAUUUUCUGUCUAUUGAUUCCCAUGCAGUUUUGACCAUUUAGAGUACUCUUUAGGUUUGGUUCCAGGUUCCUUACAUGUGAGAGAUGAUAUCAGCUUUUCAUUUACAGUUCAGGGUUCCCAUUCCUGGAAGCACUGAGCCUCGAGGUCCUUGUAACUGCUGGGGAUCCUCGCUCAGGCUGACACAGAGAGGAGAAGCUGGCCAAAGCCUUUCUCUCCUCUCAGGCUUUGUUCUUUGAAAAGAACGUCAAGUUUGUAAAGACAAAAAAAAAAUCUAAGUGUACCAUAUUCUAGGUAUUUAACUGCUGAUAUUAUCGUGGUAUAUUGGAUAUAGUUUGGGUGUUUUUUGUAGAUGUUUUGUUAUCACUAUUGUAAUUUCUUUAGGGUAAAUUGAUUAUGAACACUAGAUUGUACUCAAGUUCCUUUUUGUGAAAUGAGGUACUGAGAAAUCUGCAGCACUCUGAACACAUCCAUGACAAUCACACUGAUAGAAAGCUGCGCUCCCUUCUGACGGAGACAUGUUGGCUCACAUACAGCACAGUAACAAAUGGCAGAGAUCUAGAUGUCCCUCCACUGGAACAGCACUGUAAAUAAGGCUGAGCUCAACCAAUAGCUCAUUCAGUCACAUCAGAACGUGAAUUUAAUAUCUGAUUACUCUUAUGCCAAAUGUUUGUUUUUAUUUAACUCUUACAUUUUAUUAAAACGUCGUGUUCUGCUGUGUCUGAAUUAGCUCUAACUUUAUCUUAAGGUGGGUGAAAUGAAGGUGAAGGUUUAGUUGUGUUUUGGUUUGGGAAGAGAACCAGCCUUUCCAGCUCCGUGGGUUUACCAUAUUGCACAUGCAACAAGCCAAAGCUUAGAUCUCAUUCUUGCUAAAGCCAUAAAUGCCACCCAGACACACUCAAGGCGCUCAAACAGCUGUUAAACCUCAAUUAGAUUCCUUUUCAUUUCAACUAAAGCAGAGUCCCAAAGCCACCGGGAUCAGUCACGUCAGAUAACAAUUUUUAUGUUACAAAAGGAAAUUGCCCCCCGGAGUUCAGACCAUUGAAACCAAAUUUAUUUGAGCAAUAAAGGUAUGUCAAAAGAGAUGUCAACUCCUUUAUUUCUGUUACAUUGAAUGUCUCAGUCUAAAUAUGUGGAAUCAUCUCAGCAGCUUUUGAUUUCCUUGUCAGUUACAAAUUAAAUUUAUAUUAAAUGUAGAGCUGUAACAAUUAGUAGAUGAGUUGACAGAAAAUGAAUCCACAACUAUUGUGAUGACUGAUUAAUUGUUUCAGUGAUUUUUUUUCUUUCAAGCAAAAAUGCCAAACAUUCUCUGGUAGCAGCUUCUCCAGUGUGAGAAUGUGCUGCUUUUCUUUGUCUUUAUGUGAUAGUAACCUGAAUAUCUUUGGUUUUUGAACUGUUGGACAGACACAACAAGGAAUUUGAAGACAACAAAUUAUUAAACUUAUAAUGGCCAUUUCUUACUCUUUUUUUUUUUUUUUUUUUACCAAUAGAGAAAACGAUUAAUCAGUUAGUCAAGAAAAUAAUAGGCAGCUUAAUUUAUAAUGAAAAUAAUUGUUAGUUGCAGCCUUAGCUAGAAAUACGUUUCACAAUUAUACAAAAAAACAAGCUUUACAUUGAAAAAAAUCUAACUUGGUCAAACUGAAAAUAACACUCUUGCAUACUAGUCUGGUUAGAUAUUCACUGUUUCCAAAAAUGUCCCCCAGAAAGCUUUAGUCUUUGUCCUGUUCAGGUCUUGUAGCUGUCAGAGAAUCCAUUGUAAAUGUAUGUGUUACUCAUUGUGUCCCAGUGGCUUCAUACUACAUAGCUGAUGACAAAGUAGACAAUAUCUGUGAAUCUAGCUCCAGAAUUUCCUGUUGUAAACUAGGCUGAUGUGUAAUGACACUAUCAUUUUCUUGUGAAUGUAAUCCAGCAGAAUCUGCUGUUCAAUGAGACGGUCUGGUCAUCAUGUAUUAGUUUAUUUUGCCAUAAACACUGAACUGAACUUUAUCAUUUCUGCAAGGCUCAUGCUCAUCCAGGCUGCAGCUGUUUGCAUCUUUGACCCUCUUUUUUUUUUUUAAAUAUAGGGAUAGCUGUGCAAAUCUAAAACCCUAAAAAUGAUGUUUAGCUGAUAUGUCAAAGUUUGUACUUGUUAUCUUGUGCUGUUCUAAUUCAGUCACUUGUGAACUUGGUAGAAGUUCAAGAAGUGUGCUUUUUUCCUCCCUUCUUAAAUGAAUGCUUUUUAGACGGGGCUGGGGAUUCACUGUGUACCUGUGUCCAUGCCUUGGAUUGGUCGAAGUGCUUUCAUUUGAAAUCACUGAAGCGUUAAACCAACCCAAGUCAUGAAUUUGCACAUCAGCUCUGAAAUCACAAAAUGGUAAAUUCAGAAACUGAACUCAUAAAUGAGCUGCAGAACGAAAUAGGAACUGGUCCCCAAAAAAGGACAUUUUCCAUUAGUGUUUAGGGUCCAGCCACAUGAGGGCGGUAGAAGUUCUCUUAUUGUCUCUGCCCUGUGUUCUUGUCUCAAUAAUCAUUCAUAACUUGCUGUAAAAGCCAUUUUCAACAUGGUUUGUGUAAAUGUGAACAUAAUAAAAAAAGAUAAUUAAGAUAAUACAAACUGAAAAAUGCUGCUGCACCACAUAAUUUUAUAAUGUUUUCAAUAAAAUCAACUGAAAACCUGAA